CUCACUUCUUCUACUUCACUCUCUUAUCCCCUCUCUAAAUCUCCUCAUUUCCCUUUGCUUCAAACCACCAACAAAAAGCCUAUUAUUUUUCAGUCUCACCAGCAACAAUGGCAAUUAGAAAAUCAUCCAAACUGCCUCAAACCGCAAUUCUCAAGCAAAUUCUCAAGAGAUGUUCAAGCUUAGGCAAGAAACAUGGGUAUGACGAAGAUGGUCUCCCUCUUGACGUACCAAAAGGUCACUUUGCCGUUUAUGUUGGUGAAAACAGAAGCAGAUACAUUGUCCCGAUCUCAUUCUUGACUCACCCUGAAUUCCAAUGCUUGCUUCGACGAGCUGAGGAAGAGUUUGGGUUUGACCACGAUAUGGGCCUUACAAUCCCUUGUGAAGAAGUUGUUUUUCGCUCUCUCACAUCUAUGCUUAGAUGAAAAAUGGAACAGAAAGAGCUGUGAAGUGAAGGGGUUUGCCUUGGAGAAAGAUGGCCAAGAGAAGCACAGCAGCAUUGUAUAGCCAGCCUUCUCUUUUUUUAACAUCAUUCUUCAUUGUGAUUCUUGGUCCCCUCUUUUUUUUCAUUUUUGGUUUUUUCUACUAUUUUGAACCCAUUAAUUUGGGUUUUUUUUAUGUUUAAUUAGUUACUAGUGACUCUAACUUAGACCCAAGAAUUAUAAAAUUUUCUGGGUUAGGUCAUUUGUAUAAAGUUUGUUUCCUCACAGAUUGUGUGGAUUGUCACACAACUGUGAGAGAAUUUGAAUGUUAAGGAAAUCAAGGGUAUAUAACUUCACAAGUUCCAUCUCUCACUUCUUUU